AGGGCGACACAGACUGCCCAGUACGCAGCGUUUCAAACUGGCUGUUGGGUUUUUCUCUUAUUACCAAAUUUUUGUUUGGGGAAGGAAGAGUUACAUCUUUCCAACAGGGCCUGCAAGCUAUUUUGGGCGCCCUAGAAUUGUUAAGGCCCCUUUUGCCUUUCCACACUUUCACCCUAAGGGAUCUCUGCUCCUUCUGGUCUGGUCUGGUCUCCCUCAGCGGCCUGCUGCUUGCUGGCUGUGGAGCACAGAGCUGCUUGAGUGUGGUUGUGAAGCAGUGUAACAGACGGCCAGCGCGCUGGCUCUCUUGGCUUUUGAUCUGUCUGGUUUUGACAGUAAAAUCCAGGGAACUGGGGGCGUGGCCCAGUGGUAGAGUGCUUCUUAGCACAUAGCAUGCACAAAGCCCUGAGUUCAAGCCCCUGUACUGAGAAAAAAAAAUCUGUUUUGAACCAACUCAGAGACAGACACGUGCAGCUGCAUUUGCUCCCUGUGCCCUGUCUUCUGGGGACUACCCCCGGAUCUCAUGGGUUUUCGGGAAGCUCCCUGCCAGGGCUCCCUAAGGUCUUCCUGUUAGUGUUUGGGUAACCACCUCAGGCAGCACAAAAGCUGGCCAGCCCCGGCAUUUCCCAGGUGACGAUCCACAGGAUCCACAGCCCCUGCUGUCGUGGGCAUGUGGGCUCUGGCUGCCCUGCGCUCUGUGUCCCUCCCCACUGGAAGCACCCACUCCCUCCUGUGGCCAGUUCAGGAGGCCAGGCAGGUUUGUCUCACUCCCCUCCUGGCCAGGUGUGGAGCUGGUUCUGCAGCUGGCAUCUCUCCAGGAGACCCGAGAACCGCUUGGGACUGCAGGCUCUUCUUUCAGGUGCCAGGCUGGUGGUGCUGACAGCUGUGCUGGGAAGGUACUGUGGGCGCAGCUCGCAUGGCUGGCAAGAGGUCAGCAGGCAGGUGGCCCCCACUGCUGCUGCUGGGGCUGCUGGUCACAGUUGCCACUGUCCACCUUGUUGCCUGUCCCUACACCAAGGUGGAGGAGAGCUUCAACCUGCAAGCCACACAUGACCUGCUCUUUCAUCAGCUGGACAUGGACGAGUAUGACCACCAUGAGUUCCCUGGGGUCGUCCCCAGGACGUUCCUCGGACCACUGCUGCUCGCGGUGUUCUCCAGCCCUGUGGUGUGUGUGCUCUCUCUGCUGGAAGCGUCCAAGUUUUAUUCUCAGCUGAUAGUCAGAGGAGUGCUCGGGCUGGGUGUGAUCUGGGGACUGUGGACGUUACAAAGAGAAGUAAGGCGGCAGUUUGGAGCCACAGUAGCUACCAUGUUCUGCUGGGUGACGGCCACACAGUUCCACCUGAUGUUCUAUUGCACGCGGACGCUGCCCAAUGUGCUGGCCCUGGCUGUGGUGCUGCCGGCCCUGGUGGCCUGGAUGAGGCACCUCUGGGCCCGCUUCAUCUGGCUCUCGGCGCUGGCCAUCGUGGUUUUCAGGGCUGAGCUCAGCCUGUUGCUGGGCCUCCUGCUGCUGCCACCCCUGCUCCGCCGGCGGCUGUCCAUGGUCACCCUACUUCGCCACACGGUUCCCGCGGGGCUCCUCUGUCUUGGACUGACGGUCGCUGUGGAUUCCUACUUCUGGAGACACCUCGUAUGGCCAGAAGGGAAGGUGCUGUGGUAUAACACUGUGCUGAACAAAAGUUCCAACUGGGGCACUUCUCCACUCCUGUGGUAUUUCUACUCAGCUCUGCCCCGAGGCCUGGGCUGCAGCUUCUUCUUUGUGCCCUUGGGCGCCAUGGACCGAAGGACCCAUGCGCUGAUGCUGUCAGCCCUGGGCUUUGUAGCCCUGUAUUCACUCCUUCCACACAAGGAGCUGCGCUUCAUCAUCUACGCCUUCCCAGGGCUCAAUGUCGUGGCCGCCAGGGGCUGCUCCUACCUUCUGAAUAACUAUAAAAAGUCCUGGCUGUACAAAGUGGGGACCCUGCUUGUGAUUGGACACCUGGUGGUGAAUGCUGCCUGCACAGCCACAUCCCUCUACGUGUCCCACUUCAACUACCCUGGCGGUGUGGCAAUGCAGCGACUGCAUGAGCUGGUGGCCCCAGGCACAGAUGUCCACCUGCACAUUGAUGUGGCGGCUGCGCAGACGGGGGUGUCGAGGUUCCUGCAGGUCAACAGCGCCUGGAGGUAUGACAAGAGGGAAGACCUGUGGCCGGGUGCUGUGGGCAUGCUGGCCUACACCCACGUCCUCAUGGAGGCUGUGCCCGAGCAUCUUGCCCACUACAGGGAUACCCACCGCGUCCUGGCCCGCAUCGCGGGCACCACUGGUGUGAGUCUGAAACUCACCAGACUGCCUCCGAUAGACGUCAACAUGCAGACGAAGCUGGUGCUUCUGGAGCGACUCCUCAGGCCAUCCUGAGGGCUAGCCCUGGGUGGGGAGCAAGGGGCCCAGACGGGCUCACCGGUGCCCAGGGCUGCUGAGGACACAUGGCCCCGCACCUCCUACCUGCCGCCAUGGUGGGCAGCAGGUCCUUCACUGCCAAGCCCAGGCACCACCUGUGUCCACAAGGGGACAGGGCCAGGCCAGGACCGUCCCAGGUGCCCAGCCACGUGGUGGCCCCAGUGCAUACAGAAUCUGCGCAGCUGUCAGGCCCCCUGCUGCAGGUGUGUCUUUUGCGUGCCAGACAGGGCUGGUAAGAGAGAACACAUUCAAAAGGGGGUAAGAAUAAACUUCAUUAUUUUCU